GCCGUUUAGGUAAAACGACGGUGGCAGAAAUCUACAAAGACUUUCUCAUUGAGUCCAAAGUAUGGACAGAGACGUGGAAGGAAGACAUCAGAAUAUAUGACGACAUAGAUCCGGAAGACUACAGUAAUUCGCCUAUUAAAAAUAGGCUUAGUGAUGACGAAGUGACCGUCAUGACUGGAAGCGUUACCGGCGUCUUAAAACUGCUCGGGAAACGGCCACACAGCAGAUGGGAGUGUUGGCGACGGCUUCAACUCCAAGACUACGACGACGAGCGGCUCCGAGUAAUGCUUCUACGGCUCAUUGAGCGCAACAAUCUGCAGAUUGAUGGGGGCCCUGAGAGCCCGUAUCCUCUCAUGGUUGCCAGGCGUGUCGGCCGAGGUCGAAACACAGAUGGCUUUGGAAACAUACAUGAGAUAAAGCUGGCCUUUGAGCAAACGCUCGAGCGGCAAGCCUAUCGCCUGAAACAGGCCCAGUUGGGUGCGUUGAGACUGGGUGACAUCUCUACUGCCAGUCGGCCCGACGAGAGCGAGGCAAAGUCAACCAACGACGACUCUGAGGCGGUCCUUACCAUGGAAGACUUCAUGGGACCUGAGCCUGCCGAGCUUUGGGAGGAAAGUGCAGCGUGGAAAAAGCUCGAUCGGAUGGCCGGGCUCGAGGACGUGAAAAAGGCUGUCAGAUCUCUGAUGCGGCUCUCCAAGACCAACUACCGGCGGGAACUGCAGGGCAAGGAGCCGCUGCAAAUGUCUCUCAACCGCCUGUUUCUUGGCCCAUCGGGAACCGGCAAGACGACCGUGGCCAAGCUUUACGGGGAGAUUCUGGGAGAGCUGGGCCUCGUCUCAUCCAAGGAAGUCAUCAUCACGACUCCAAGUGACUUUAUCGGACCAUAUACUGGUCAGACGGAACAGAGAACCAGCUCCAUUAUCGAAUCGGCGGCCGGCAAGGCGUUGAUCAUCGACGACGCCCACACCUUUUUCACCAGAGACGAGACCUCUUUUCUCGGCGACGACCUCGACAGCUUCCGCCGGGCGUGCAUCGACACGCUGGUGUCUCGGAUCCACAAUAGGCCGGGGGAAGACCGCAGCGUCAUAUUGAUUGGAUACGCCGACAAGAUGGAAGAUAUGUUCCAGAAGUGCAACCCGGGCCUGAAGAGGCGGUUUCCGCUUGAGGAAGCAUUCCGUUUUCACGACUACGACGAUAAACAGCUCAAUGAGAUCCUCCGGAUCAAGAUGGCCAAGGAGGAAAUCACGGCUAGCAAAAAAGCCAUGGAUGUGGCCGCCGAAGUGCUUCGCCGAGCCAGGGAUCGUCCCAACUUUGGGAACGGUGGCGAUGUCGACAACCUUUUGAAUCAGGCCAAAGCCCGUUUCCGGGAAAGGAAAGCUGCCGAGAAAGAAAAGCAGGCGAAGGGCGAAGGGGACGCAGGUCAAGGUGCUGCUGGCGCCAACGGCGAAGUGGUGCAUCAUGAUGAUGAGGAUGGCGAUCGGGACUUCCUCGAGGAAGAAGAUCGCGUCGUAAUCGCUUUGGAACCUCAGGACUUUGACCCGGAGUGGGAUCGCGGCAUCAACCCGGAAAGCGGCGGCAAGGCAUCAUCGCUCUUCGACGGCCUGCUUGGUUUUGACGAGAUCAGGAAGCAGUUCGAGGGCUAUCAACUCAUGGCCGCCAACAUGCGCCGAAGGGGCAAGGAUCCCAGGGAGAGCAUCCCCUUCACAUACGUAUUCAAAGGUCCACCGGGGACAGGCAAGACGCACACGGCCAGGAUCAUGGGCAAGAUGUUCUACCGCAUGGGCUUCCUGUCCACCGACGAAGUGGUCGAGUGUUCGGCCAGCCACAUGAUUGGCCAGUACUCGGGCCAGACAGCCCCCAAGGUGGUCUCGCUCCUGGACAGCGCCCUGGGCAAGGUGCUCUUCAUCGACGAGGCAUACCGUCUCACGUCCAGCCGCGGCGGCCGCGGCUUCGAGUCGGAGGCGAUCGGAGAGCUGGUCGACUGCAUGACCAAACCCCGGUACCUGCGCAGGAUGAUCAUCAUCUUGGCCGGAUACAACAAAGAUAUGAGCCAACUGCUGAAGUCCAACGCCGGCUUGAGAGGCAGGUUUCCCACCGAGAUUCGCUUUAGGCCCAUGGACGAAGGGCUAUCUCGGGAUCAUCUGAUGAAGCUCCUGUCGAAACAAGACAUAACGAUCCACGACGAGAAGCCGGCCAGCAGCGACGAGCACGAGACGGUCCUGCGGUUGUUUUACAAGCUGGGAGUGACCGAAGGGUGGUCCAACGGGCGGGACAUCCAGUCUUUGGCCAAUGUCAUUACGGCCGAGGUUUACAAGAGAAUACCACCAACACCUGUGGAGUCAGACGGCAACAGCGAAAGUGAAGGUGUGAUUGGGAGUGUGAAGGGGGAGGAGAAGGAGACAAGUACUAGCGCAGGCGCGGGCGCUGAUGCGGAUGCAUCAAACUUGGACAGUCUGCAUAUCUCCACCAAGGACCUGAUCAAGUUCCUGAAGGACCUGUUACGGGAACGCAUCAAGGCAGCCGGUUCUGGGGACAACUCUGGCAACCAAUUCUCCGGUGCAGCUCAGUGAGGUAGGGCGUGAGUCGUGAUAUGGGAUGGGUUUUUUUACGGUGUGGUGUACCUUGGGAUCAAAACAAGUCAGGCUGGGGCAAGCUUAUGUUUUAUGCAAAAGUUCCCUUGCAAAACCUAAAUCGACCUCGAAUCGACCCAUGCCAUGGGCUCUUCUGAGUUUGGAUACCACUUGUCUUACUUAGUGUACGAUACUGGUUAGGGAGGUUUGUUACAGCGUACGAUACCUUGAUUCCAAAGUUAAAAACCCCAACCUCGACAGCAC